AAGCCUUUUUGGUCGUGCUGGGUUGGCCUGACUCUUUGCGCCCUUUUUUUUAUAGCUCGUCCAUUUCCUGUGAUCAAAAGACCAUAUAGAUAGAUAGAUUUUAGCUGAGAAGCGUCGGUAUGGAGCCAAUUAAGAGUCGAGUUCUAGUUGUUGGAUGUACAGGAUAUAUCGGCAGGCUCAUGGCUCAAGCUUCGCUGGAUUUAAAUCAUCCAACGUACCUCCUCGUGCGGCCGGACGUUGUUCACGACAUAAGGCGGGUGGAAAUAGUAUUAGGAUUCAAGGCACAAGGGGCCAAGCUCUUGGAGGGAUCUCUUGAUGACAACGAGAGUUUGUUGGCCGCUCUGAAGCAAGUAGACGUGGUGGUCUCGGCGAUGGCAGAGAAUCGGCUGCUCUCUCAACUCAAGCUGGUGGAGGCCAUCAAGCAGGCGGGGAACAUAAAGAGAUUUUUACCUUCGGAGUUUGGAAUGGAUCCCGACCGGAUGCAUCACGCUCUCAAGCCGGGAAACCACGUCUUUGAGUCGAAGCGAGAGGUGAGGCGUGCAGUGGAGGCAGCCGGGAUCCCCCAUACUUUCGUGUCGGCAAACUGUUUCGCUGGUUACUUCUUGUCUUCACUCGCGCAGUUCGCUCAGUUCAUGCCUCCCAAGGAGAAAGUUUUCAUCUAUGGAGACGGGACAGCCAAAGUGGUCUGGGUCGUGGAAGCGGAUGUUGGGCGAUACGCGUUGAGCACUGUGGACGAUCCCAGGGCGGUAAACAAGACGAUCUACAUUCGCCCUCCAGCCAACGUCCUGUCGCAGAAGGAAGUCGUCGAAAUGUGGGAGGAGAUGAGCGGUGUGACGCUGGUAAAGUGUCACAUUCCCGAGGAGGACUUUCUCAGAGAUCUUCAAGGACCACCGUCACCGAAAAACGAGGCGCUCUCCAUCUUCUAUCACGUCUUCUACAAGGGCGAGUGCUCCAACUUCGACAUCAGUGACGACGUGAGCGCGUCCCACCUUUACCCUCACAUCGAUUACAUGAGCGCAAGCUCCUAUCUCAAGAGGUUCCUGUGAGGAGCGGGGCUCCCCUUUCUUGGCCAAGACCUCAACUUUAAAACAUAGUUCAAAGCAUUGUGUUUACCUUUAAAUCACAAAGUUAUAAAUUAGACGAGAAAAUAGAAUAUUUCUGGCAAAUCACAGCCGUUCAAAGA